CACCAUUUCACCGUUAGCUGCUUUCAGGAAUCAGGACAGGCAACAUAUGCGAUCCUCCGGAUCUGACAGCCCCGGCUGGUACGAAGUAGGUAGACAAUUUGCUCUCUGGAUCGUCUUGUCCUCUCUUGGGUGCGCCCCAGCCUCGACCCUAGGAAAGGUAGCGGAGGGGCCAUCAUCUCGCCUGGAGUUUUCCAACAAGCUAGCAGCAGGUCCCGAAGGUAGGUAGAUUCAUGAGAACAAAGAUGAACUCAGUCCGCUGAAGGUGACAGGAGGAUCCGUGAGCUUGCAGCGAUGCCAAGCUGUCGUCACAGAAAGUAUUCGUUCGAAACC